AUGAUUGCAACUCAUCGUGAGGGCGGACGAUACUCGGGUUCAACCACCAUUGCGCUCGAACAACUGGAUAGGUGGAACCAUCUCGCGCCUCUUGAUCAGAAUUCCGGAUCUACGCUCGCUCAUGAUGGACGGGCGCUUGUUUACCAAGUAACACAGGACUUGCGGCCUCUCUGGCGGCUCGAAAGCGCCGAGGAGCUUGAGCAGUGCUAUGUUGAACUAUUGGAAGCGCAUUUUCACGCCUACAAUCGUGCCCGUAUACUUCACGGGGACAUCAGCGCGAGCAAUGCCAUGGCGCGACGCGACGCCAAAGGGAAGGUCUUCGGACUCCUUAGUGACUGGGGUCUAAGCUGUCUCGCCGACGCCCACAAUCUCGGAACAAGUUCGACAUCUCGCCACCGUACCGGGACUGCGCCCUUCAUGGCGAUGGAUCUGCAGCGCGCGGCGAGCAAGUAUAGCGUCGCAGCGGACCACCGCUACUGCCACGAUCUCGAGUCCUUCUUCUGGCUUCUUCUCUGGGCAGUGCUGCACUUUGACCUCAAGAGGAAGCGUCACCGCAACUGCACGCACGAGGAUUGGAUCGGGGACUGCCGGGAGUGUGCGGCUCGCUUCAAGCGGGAUUUCAUGACUUACGGAGGGACUUGGGACAGAGUGGUGGAUGAUGUGUUGGAUAUGUGGCAGCCCAUUCUGAAGCGCUGGGUCAAGCCUCUUGCUCGCAUGAUCUAUACCGCGCGAGAGCGUUCGACCCACUGGAACGACGACAAUUUCAGGGUCUUUGAUGACGACGUCUACGCAAAGGAGCUCACCUUCGAGGCCUUCAUGCAGAGAAUCAAGCAAACGCCAAGAGAUAGGACUCACGAGGAAAAGGGGAGAUACAAUGGCGAAAGACACAUGGCAGGUCAACGACGAGUAUUCUCUGAGUCUUAG